UAGGUUAGAGGUCAUGUUGAAAUCUGGCAGUUGAUAUGUUUAGUUGUUUAAAUUAAAAAAUAUACUUUUUUCCAACUUCUUACAUCAUUUAUUCCCCCAGAAUAUCUAAACUCAAUAACGAAGUUCCCGUCUUCAAAUUCCUACAUCAUUUUUUCCCAAAGAAUAUCCCAAAACAACGACGAACUUCCCUGUUCACCUCUACAUGGCACUAAAAAUUAACUUGAAGCAAAAACAAAUUCAACCUGUCUUCACCAUUACUUCCUUAGACCUGUCAAGUUGUAUUAAGAGGUCUUUAUCCGUAAUACCCAAUCCUGCCAAUCCCAAUACCAAUCUUGUAAUAUUCCUUUCUUGCAGAGACACAGAAAGCUCGACAAUAAUUGGAAACAAUAAUGAAAUGCUGUCUAUUAGGAGCACAGUAAUGAAUGGCGACAGACAACGUGACAUUUACAGCCUACUCAUGUUGGGUUACUCUGCUGUUGUUAUGAGGACUUUUGUGACUGAUGAACGAAGACAUAGGUAUGUCUCCUUUUUAUCCUUCCCUGAAAUAGGAAAAAAUUAUCCCAGCAACUUGGGAGUGUUAAAUGCCCCAAUGAUGUUCCAUCUAAUUGAAAAUGGGAGCAUAUUUUCAAUAUCUCAUCACUCCACUUCCAACAAAAUUUAUUUGAAACUUCUAAUUAUUUGAAGUUGUCCAGGAAGAUUAUCCAUAUAAAGGAUACAUCAAGAGAAGCAUCCAUCAAACCCUGCUCUCACAUCAUUUCUUAAAGACAUUCCAUACGUAAUCAGUUGGUUUCUUGGUCCAGGGAAUAAUGCCCAUAACCAUGAAGUACCAUUGCUUUUCCAAAUAUCACAUUAACUAAAUUCUUUCACAAUACAGGGUGUAUGAAGAGAUGAUGACCACUGUAAAGGUAUGUUCACACAUCCAUUGAAAUGCUGUAUCUAGCAGUGUCCCACUGUCGUUUAGCACAUUACAACUGUAGUUCGCCACCCAUUGCGGCUUACCUCAACCCAUAUUCUUGUCUUAAUGCACUAAGAAUCCUCCAGAGACAAUAGAGUUGUUGAACUUUUUUCCAGGAUGAAGCAGCAAAAAUGCGACGCAAGAUUGUUGGCUGAGAAACUAGUAAGUAAACUAACCACAUCCUAAGAUCCCAACGAUCAAUUAUCCACCAACUCAACUAGCACCAAGCUUUGUAGCAAAUCACACACUAACGAGAUUAUUGCAAAUAUAUUUCUUUCGCAAGUCCAAUUUAUUUGGUUUAUUUUCCCUUCAUUGCUCAAUAUGGUACAACUGAGUAAUAACAAAUGGGCAUUAUUUUGAUGAAAACAAAAAAAUUGUGAAAAAGAAACGCGCAAUCAAACAAAAUACAACACAAAAAGAAAUUGUCAAACAUUAGAGCAAGAGACAGUCAGCUUUGGUCAGAGCCAUUCUCUCUUUUUUUGCUUUUAUUGCGUUGGUGGCAACAUUUAACAUCACUUGCUUCCAUGUUGCUUCUGCAAUAAAGUGCAACGAGUGUAAAUCGCUUCUCGUCAUCCUUCACAUUGCUGUAACUGUACUACUCUCAGUGACUUUCUUAAUCUGUAAGGAUAAAUCAAAUUAGGUUGAAGACUGGGGACUAGACUGCUGUAUCGGUUUAUCGAUAGGUCUAAUAAAUUAGCAAAAAAACCCGCAAAGCCUUUAAGGAGUUCUUGUAAACCUAUCUUACAUAUUUAGUCCCUUUAAGAGCUUUAGUACAGUUUACAAACCAGUUACUUUGACCAAUCAUUCUAGACCAGCUUUUUUAAAAUAAUAUUGCUGAUGAAAAAUACUUAAGC